AUGUGCGCGGAGGACGAUGUCGGUCCCGUGGACAUAGAAGGAUCUGAUGUGGAGAACGAUCUCGAGCACGAAGAUGCGAUAGAGCGCAUGGAUUGCGCCGAACAUCCUGUGAGCCGAGAAGCUUUGAAAAAAGUACUCUUUCGUGAGAAAGACUGGAAGCGUUGCCUGGCGGGACGCGACAACCGCACGAAGUUUGCUCUGAGCAGAUUGAAGCAAGUGGUUGAGGCCAUGGGUGGCUUGCCCAAUGUGACUGUCAACGUUGAAGGCGAGCGUCCUCUGGAUGGUGCUCUUCGUCGCGCAUGGGCCUAUGCUGAAGCACAAGACAUGUUUGACCGGCAAUCCCAGUACCUGGAGAAUCUGUCUGGAGGUGUUCCAGAUGAUGCUGAGGAGGAGUUUGUCCCGAGUGGCCUGGAAGCGAUGACUGCGACGGAUCCGUUCUUGAUGGAUCUGAACGCGCAGAAUCUGCGACCGAGGGACUAUGCCUUGAAGCUGGUGGAGGAGUGCACGCUCAACGCACAGCAGAUUCGCGCUGUGGCUCCCAUUGUUUGCACGAUCGAUGAAAUGUGGGAGAAGCGCACCGAAGCAAGCACCUGCUUCGCCAAUGGCCAGCCCAGUGAGCGGUGCAAUUGUCUAUGGCUUGGCGCGGGGGGCUCGGGCAAAACGUGGGCAUACACCAAAGUCUUGCGACCUUUGUUCCAGCGCUUCUUUGGCUUUGGGCAGCGGAACAAAAAUGAUGCCCUGGAGCAACAGAUUCUGGCGUCAUUGGCCUGCAUCGUCGAUGAGCUGUCGAUGAGCGCAGCGGAUGUAUAUCAUGCUCUUGGCCUGCGCUUCUCGGUGAAGCGCUGUGAGAACUGGGCGCUGGACCUGAGCCGCUAUCUGCAGGAGUGGUUCGGCGAGAUGCCGAUAGGGCUACAAUUGGGCGACUUCCUACAGUUGCGCCCUGCCGCCCAAGCGAGCCAGCACAACGCAGCCGAGCUGGGGCGGCUCUUGUUCAAGAACUCCAUGGGCAUUGUGGUGCACUUCACUGGAACUGGGCGUUUCUCUUCUUGUGCUUCCGGCCAAGCUUUGGUGGCCAUUUUGCAGCACAUGCGGCAAGGCACCGCCAUGACGGACGCACUCUGGGCGCAACUCCAGAGUCGCCUCUACGAGGUCCAGCAACUGCAAGACCUCCAGACCGCACCUUCGCGCCGGGCGUUCUUGCGGGCCUACUGGGGUGCACUUGCCUGGGAGCAGGUUGCUCGGUUGCAACAGUUGCGAGCAGUGCUCGAGGCGGAAGACGCUGGAGAACGGCUGUACUUCGUGCAAGCCAUCGACAAGCCCACCGGCGACGCCUUGCUGUCUUCCGCCCAGGUCAGCGCAGCUCUGCAGUGUUUGAACAUGACCAAGACUGGCUAUUUGAUUGGCAUGUGUCCGUUGUUUCUUGGGAUGGAAGUGCGCAUUUCGUGCAUCUUGCCGGAGCCCUUGCUGACGCGCGAGCUCCCGUGCAUAGUGCGACGCAUAGAACUACAUCCCAAAGAACCUCCGACGCCACCUGGAGCAGCUUGCGUGGUCCUGCAGUACCAGCCGCUUGGAGUUUUGGUGGAGGUCGCAGACAGUGAUUAUGGUCAGUUUCAGGUCCCUGGCGACGACGUACCCAAGGGUCAUUUCUACGUGAGGCCUGUGUUCAAUAAGCAAUCGGCCUGGGUCUUUGAGGUACCCUUGGCCCCACAGCGAGUGCUGACUCAUUUUGGACUGCAAGGCAUCACUGCCAGAUCUGGCCUGGUCGCUUUUCUGAAUCAACCUCCCUGGAUGAAGGAUGGAGAUUACGGUUUGGCCCUCUAUGUCAUGUUGUCACGAGCAACGAAGUUGAGCGAUUUAUGGCUCAUUGGAGUGCCUGAGCGCCCAUAUUUCGAAGGCUUCUUGCAUGAGCGCAACAAGACUUUGGUAGAUCGUAUGAGCCUGUUUGAACGUCUGUCUGUGCAGAAUGAGCAAGCUGCGGAAAAGUACAUCCAGAAGCUGCUUUGGAGGGGAAAUGCUUACGUGAACCGCACGCUUGGUGUUUCUGGAACAGGACAAGCCAAGAGGCGGAGGCUGACAGGCAAGACUGCUGUGGCCUGA